UUUGAAAAGUUUAAUGGCAGGCAAGUCAAAAAGCAAAAGCCGAAAAAUUAGGACAGGACAUAAAAAACUUUUGGUUCCAAAAUGGAAAUUGUUUCGUACAAAAGAGCCGCUGAUUUCUGUGUUUAUGUGGGGAGUCAAUCACAUGGUUGGAGAAUUGAUGCAUGUUCCGCCGCCGGCUUUAUUAAUGCCAGAUGACUUUAAAGCUUAUUCUAAAGUUAAAGUUAGCAAUCACUCAUUUAACAAGGAUGUAAUGCCAAGCCAUUUCAAAUUCAAAGACUACUGCCCCAAUGUGUUCCGAAAUAUACGCGAACAAUUUGGUGUUGAUCAGAGUGAAUAUUUGUGUUCAUUGACAAUGCAAGAACCUGAAUCAAAACCAAAUGAGUCAAGUAGUUCAGGCAGAUUGUUUAUUUCUUAUGACAAACAAUUUGUCAUUAAGGUAAUUGACUCUGAAGCAAUUGCUGAGAUUCAUUCAAUUUUGCCGAAAUACCAUGAAUAUGUUGUUGAACAACAUGGAAAGACUUUAUUACCACAAUAUCUUGGACUUUAUCGAAUAACUGUUGAUGUUGGCGAGACUUACAUGCUCGUUAUGAGAAAUAUUUUUGGGGGAAAAUAUAAUAUUCAUAAAAAAUAUGAUUUGAAGGGUUCCACAGUUCAACGUCAAGCUAGUGAAAAAGAGAAAUCUAAACAGUUACCGACUCUUAAGGAUAAUGACUUUUUAGAGGAGAAUUACAAAGUUAUGUUACCAGGGGAUGCAAAGUCUCAGUUGAUGAAACUUUUGAAAUCAGAUACAGGUAUUUUGAAUAUUUGUUAUAUUUUAAAUUCUGAUUAUAAUUUUUAACAA